CACAAAGCAAAACCCACCAUUUUCCUCACUCAAAGCUUUUUCCCCCUUCCUCUUCGAAACGUUUCAAAUCCAUUUCCAGAAGCGAAACGAAAGCGAAACGAAAUGACCUUGCUAAACUUGAGCUAUCAUCAUCAUCCAUGGCUGUCCCAUCUCUCCCACCCCUCUCUACUCCUCCCUCUUCCACUUCCAAACCACUUCAACACCACCACCACAUCGAGCACCCACACUUUGCUCUCCAAGACUCUGACUUUGAACCUCUCCAAGACACCGAGGACCAGAGCUUCUCUCGGCGAGAGCGAAACCUCCUCCAGCGUCGCCGAGAACUCGGUCUCGGAGCUUUUGGACGCCGAACUGUUGAACCAGGUGUCUGCCGCUAAAGACGCCGAGGAAGCACUCCAGAUGAUCGCCGGAAGGUCCGACAGAAAUGGCGGCGUCGUCGGAACUUCAGAUUGCCAGCUGAUCAUCUCCGCCGCGCUCGACCGGAACAAUCUUGACUUGGCUCUCUCUGUUUUCUACGCAAUGCGUGCCAGUUUUGAUCAAGGGGUAGCUGAAACUGGGACUUUUUUUGAGAGAUGGAAGUGGUCUAGACCAGACGUUCGUGUUUACACAUCACUAGUUCAGGGUCUAGCAGCUUCUCUAAGAGUUUCUGAUGCUCUUAGAAUUAUCAACAACAUUUGUCAAGUCGGAGUUUCUCCUGCGGAGGAG